UUUUUUUCCAUCACAACGGAAAUAUUGCAUGCUGUGUGGUCUGCCAUUUCCUUUGUUUCUCUUUGACUGCUCUUAAAGCUUACACAAAGUGUAAAACUGGUGAAUUCUCUUCAAACUGCUUCAGAUAAGAAGACAGCAUGAUGCGCUUUGGACUUCCAUUUUAUACUUUGUUGCACCUCACUCUACACGGACCUGUCUUAUCGAGAGUGUGGGUAAAUCAGUGGUCUACACUCGAUGAGUACAGAGUUGGAGACACGGCAACUCUGCACUGUGCUAUUUUUUCAGAUAAGGAGACCAUUGCGAAAUGUCACAUGGAGUGGGCCAUGCUCGACCCAAACAACCCAGUCAGAACUAUCAAAAUUAGAGAAUCCAAACUGUACGCCGGUCGGGUCAGUGUGCAGAGUAAGGGUAACGCCACCACAGUUACAAUACAAAACCUGGGACUGAACGACACAGCGCCCUUGUGCAUAAUAGACUGCUUCAUUGAUAGACGGCUAAUGCGGAAUAUUGGGCAGGGGGGCAGUCUGAAGAUUGUGGAAUUAUCUGACCCUCAUGGAGAGGGAUGGAUCAAGAAUGACACCGAGGUCACGGACCAGGGGGGAGGUGGAGACUGGGGUACUGCCAAUGAAGAGGAAUCCUUAGCCUGGCUCAGCUAUUUCCUUUUUGCAGUGAACCUCCUCAUCUUCCUUGUGGUGACCGUAAUUUGCAGUACCAUAAUGUACAGAAGACUGCUGAGGAAAUUAAUGCAGUAGAUAAGCGUUUAGUGAAGUACUGCAUUACAAUGAGCAUCUGUUAUAGCACAUUAUCUCUGGCAAGCUGGCCAGUCCUUCUCUUUCCUACAGUCUUUGCCACUUUACUGAUGGAAGGAGAUGAACUCUGAAUAAUGGAAAAGGAAAAGUAUGAUCCAGUUACUGGGUGAGAAGUGCAGCUGCUGGUGAUACCUGAUUAUACCUGUGAUUUGUAACGUUUGAUAGUGAAACCAAGUGUAGACACUAAAACUUGCAGCUGAGUUCACCCUGUUCCUCAAUAGCUUUGUUCUAAAUUUUGUAAAUUGGUUUUCCUCAUCUUACCCUACCAAGGGUAAAAUUCAUGGAAAUUUAAAUCAAUUCCCUCCUUCAAAAUUGGCCCAUAUUGCUACAGUGAUACAAAAAUGUAUUCUUUCCUUAUAUUUCAGAGAAGGGAAACACAAAAUUAUUUUGUAUAAUAAAACCAUAUAACAGAUGCUCA